UGGAAACAUAAAUAUGAGUACUACUUAAAUUUUAUCAAACUCAUUCACAUUUAAUAGAAGUUAUAACAAUUUUUGGACCACAAGUUCAUUUUGAAAUUUUCCAUAAUAAGGGCUACUGCUAUGAAUUUUAGAAACUGAAGUGUUAAUCGUCCACUUAUGUAUUUUCAGGGUUUGUCAAUCUGAAUCUUUUUAAGUCUAAAGACUCUGGAUACAUAAAAGAAUACUAAAAAUAUACUCAUUCAAAUUAAAAAUGAGAGUUCCGUAUAUUUCGCAUUGGCUAAUAAUCAUUUCUCUGAAAAUUUCUUGCUUUAUUAUGUUCUCACAUGUUUAUCUGCUGUAAAACUUAAUUAUAAUAUACAAGUAUGUCUGAGCAUUUGAUUAUGUUUAUCAUCAUACAGCAAACUAAGCAGCUUUUCAUUUGACCUUUUUAAAAGAAUGGAUACCUAAAAUAUGAACCAGACAUUUGGCUUUGCAGCAAAGAGAGAAAUAGAACAUCAAGUUAUUUUAGUCAGUAUGACAGUAUGUAAAUGAAAUGUGGAGGAUGGUGGCAGUUGAUUUCCACGCAGCAGAACCACAGGCCCGCUGCCUCACAAAGCUGUUUGAACUACACACCACUUCUGAGGGAGGAGGAGGGGGACCGGACAAGGCCGCUCUGAGCCCAACCAUCCUGGGAUGACACCAGCUCAUCUACAUAGUCACUUGAAAGCUUACUACAGAUUGUUGCACCAGCAAGAACACACUGGCAUUUAAUUAGGAGUUCCAAAGCAAAAGUGAGCAUUGAACAGGUUUUUCUUUACAUUUGAUUGCAGAAUGCUAAAUUUUAUUGUACCAGUGUACUAGAAAAAUGUCAUCUUUAAAUUUUCCAUCUGCAAAUUAAUAUUACAGCUGACAUCCUGAGCCAGUAAACCUCACUCUGUCAAACCCAUUUUUAUAAAAAGCAUCCCCUUUGUUUUCCUGAAGUGAGAUUUGUGAAUAUAUUGCCACAUGUGAUUAAAAUGCAUGUUAAUGACUAUAAAGUAGAUACAAAAGGAAAGUAAUUUAUAAUUCAUUUGUAUUUCAAUAUGUAAAUGCUUGGUCAUAAUUACACCAGAGGACAUAAUGCAGUAGGCUGGUGUGUGUGUGUAUAAAAUCAUAUGUAGACAACAAUGUACUGUUGUGACUCAGUUACAUGAGAGUGUCCAUUGAUAAAACUUUUUCCCACCAAAAUGGUGGGUUGUGUCUAGGGAAGUUCUGAACUUUCCUAACUGACCAAUGUACAAUAUUUUAAAUGUCAGUUGCAUAUUAGGAAAUUUCAAUGAAUUUUAAAGCUGUGCAAAAAACUUUGGGUUUAUAAGUAAAAAAGGUUUCAAGGUUCAGAUCAUACAGAUUUUUCCUCAUAAAUGGACAUUGAGAUGUGCAGGAUUCUGAACUACGUUUCAUCCCGUGAGACUGUCACAUACAUCACAAGAUGUCGUGCUUUCCUGGCCCCCACCCACCACGUGCCAAUGGUGCCAUCAGUCUUUGUGCCAUCCAAAGAAAGUAUGUUUCCAAAACGUCCCCUUGAGAGGUAGAAUUGGCUGCUCUGGGAGCAGUGAUAAGUGCUUGCAGAGGCAGCUACCAUGUAUACUUUGCUGUCACAGUCUCCUGGAAGCAUCCAAAAAUAAUAGACACAAAAUACCUUCUUUAAAAGGUAUGAAGGGUUCAGAUUUUUUAAUAGCUGCUUUCCUAAAAAGAGUUUACAAAAAAAGUUUACAGAGCAAAAUCUUGCUGAUCUGUGUACUUUUCUCUAGCAUGUGAACAACUCUUAGGUUUAAUAUCCAGAAUACACACGUGGUGGGAAAAUAUUCACUUAGCAAUCUUCUAAAUAAUAAGUUCAAAAUUGUUUUAUUUAACUGAAGCUAAUGGAGAAGUAUUCAGGAUCAGAAAAAUAUAUUUUUUAAGUGUCCUUUUAGAAGUUUAGUACAUCUCUGAUAAGAAAGGAAAACACUUUGUUGCUUCCUAAAAUGAAUUGCUAAGGGCCAACUUGGGGCAAUGCUCUGAAAAGAAAAUUAGAACAUUUGAAUGUUCACCUUAGUAGCCUUUGUUAAAAAUAUAUAUUUAAAGGAAAAAUGUUGAUAUGAGGAAAAUUGUAAUUAAAAUACAAAUAUAUUUUAGAUUUAAGCAAUAUUUUAUGUUGAACAUUUGAAUAAUAUAUUCAUAUGUUCGGAAUGCAUGAGAAACGCAUGGAAUUUCCCUUGCCAUUUUUACUUCAUUCCAUUCCUGCCAUGCUUAGGUUUCGUUAAAAAAAAUAUGUCUUACAGAAGUAUCUUCCCUGGAUUUUGAUACUCAGUGGCCAAGAGCUGGGACUGGAGCCAGGAUAGCUGAAUUUGAAUUCCAGUGCCACCACUUCCCUGUGUGACCUUGAGCAAAUUACUUCACUUCUGUACCUGACUUCCUCAUGUGCAAUGUAAAUGAUGAUGAUAAUACCUAUCUCACUAGAUCGUUUUGAGGAUUGAAGACUAAAUGCGUUAAUACACAAGUAAAACUCUGAGAACAAUUUCUAGCACAUGAUAAGUGCUGCUAUUAUUUCAUUUUAGUCAUUCCUGGCAGCUGUUUUAAUAGAAGUGACACUUUAAAAACAAUGUGUUUUUAGUUAUGGAGUAAAACACUCCUAAUUGAAACACUCAAUAAAAACUUUGUAAGAAACAGUUCAUUGUUGUAACCAUGUUAGGUUACCUGUAGCACAGUGAGUUUUUGUGAAAAAAGGUAAUGAGGCUUUAGUGACUUGCCUGUUAGAUUUUUUUUUGUAAUCAUUUGUUCAAUAUGAUUUCCAGAUUUUAUAUUAAAAGGCUUUGUAAAUAUUGUGCUCUCAUUAAAAUUUGAGGUUUUCCAUCUUAGUAUUUGAUUGGAUCUUGCAGAUAUGACAAUCGGGGUACAUUUUUUGACCACGUGAUUUGGGGAAUAUCUAUAUGGUUUAGAAAAUAAGCCUUUUUCACACUCCUCAGUUUUAAUCUUCCUAGCCUUUCACAGCAGUAGCAAGCUUUACUGUCAACCUGCUGCUUUCUCUUGUCUAUGCACCUGAUAAACCUGAGUUGGUUAGGACAGAACCUGCCUUUCCUAUGCUGGAUCGCAGCCAGCUUUCCCGGGGUGAGUGCCGCUGCGGAACAGCAUAGGAGUAAGACUGCAAUUUAGGAGCCACCCAGUCUGGCUUGGAAUCUUGACUCUACCCAAAUCCUUAACUUCUCUGUGCCUAUUUCCUCAACUAAAAUGGGAAUAACAAUAUUAUCUACCCCAUAGAGUUGCUAUGGAGAUGAGAUGAGUUAGGACACGGUAACUUAGAACAGUGAAGCACAGUAAGCCCUCAAUAAAUGCUCACCAUUGUUAUAGAUCACCACCACUACUAAUCUCUGCCUUAACUAGAGAAUGGCCUUUAAGAAACGUAUCUUGUUUGCAGUGAUGGUUCUUGUACGAAAUAUGUGUGUGCACCUGCACCUGUGAAGAACUGUCAAUGGGAGUUUUCAGAACAGUGGUUUUCAACUUUUUUUUUCACCACCCCAACACAUCUGAAAAGCUGGCAAUACAUUUUUCUGCAAGUAUCAGGAAACCUGACUAUGCUGGCUUAAACAGAGGUUUACUGUCUCACACAGUAAGUAAUCUAGGGGUAGGAAGCUGGGGCUAAAGUGCCACCAGGAACCAGGCUCACUCCUUUCUGCCCUUGGCAUCUUUUGCAUGAUACCUCCCUCUCAUGCCUACUCCCUCACGGUCCCAAGAUGGCUGCUGUAUUUUCAGGUCUCAUUCACAUUCUUGGGGAAAAGUGCGGGGCAAGAGGAUUUUUUUCCUUUAGCAAGACUUUGACUUGGAAAAGGUUGUCCUCCCUAGUGUCUUUAGUCUACACCUCAGUGACCAGAAUUAUGUCGCACCACCAUUCUAGAUGCAAAGGAAAUGGGAGAUGUAGUUGGCUUUGUAGCUUGUACAGGAGCAGAAGAAAUCAGAAGUAAUUGGGUACAGGUGUUGGAUGAAUCAAACUGUAUUCUCUUCACAGUAUUCACAGUUGCUGAUACUGGGGGAGUUGCUGCUACAUGUCCUUCCUUUCCAUAAACUCGUAGAAUUGGGAAGGAUCUAAGGGAGCAUGUUAUCUCUGAAAUGACCUCUUUGUGUCUAUAUUUUUUAAUAUGCUGACUUGUAAAGCAAAAACUUUUUAGUAGGGCUUUAGCGCAUGUCCAUUAUGACACAAAUUUGGAUAGUCCUUGAAUUAAAUUAUGUCUGAAAAUAAAAUGCCAUACAGAGCAAGCAUGCUACACAGGCUAUAACAGUACUUCCAGAUACUUUCCCUGACCCUAAUUUUAUGCAGUUUAUAGAGCAAUUGUUCUUCAUCUUUUGAAAGUUUGAACUGAAAUAGCACAUGGAGCCUUUAACAAAUAUUUUUUUAAGUGUUCUUUUAGAAGACUAUUGCUUCUACAGUUCCGAGAAAUGUAAACUGCUUGGAAAGAUCUAAAUCUCACGCUCUUACCUAGCUAUCUUAUUUCUGCCCUUGCUGCCUCAGUGUCUGCACAACAUUCAGCUUCUCUAUUAAAAAAACAGGAUCAGUCAACAGAAUAAUGCCUGAGGAGGCCAUACUUUUAACAAAAUCUUCAAGAGCCAGCUACUGGGCAACAGAAUUGAAAAGAAGCUUAAUGAAAGAAGAUAUACAAAUAGGCAGUCAAUACUUGAAAAGGUACCUAACGUUCCUCAUGGGAAAUGCAAGUUAAAAUCAAAGUGAAAUACCUCUAUACACUCCCUAGAAUAGCUCAAGUGAAAAAGAAUGUUGCAUCAAGUCUGGGGAAAGAUGUGGAAGACCUGGACUCUUAUAUGUUGCUGGGUGGGGAAUAAAAAAUGGGAGCAGCCACUUGGGAAAAACAGUUAAGGCAGGAUGGUAAAAAUCUGCAUCAGCCCUAUGACUCAGCGAUUCUAUUCCUAGGUAUUUGCCCCAGAGACAUGAAAACAGAGUGUCUACAAAAAGACCAAGACAAAUAUUCAAAGCUGCUUUUUUCAUAUUUAAUAGCCCCAAACUGGAAACAACCCAAAUAUCCAUCAACAGAAUGGAAUGCUACUCAGCAGUAAAAAAAGGAACGAACUACUGAUACAUGCUACAACAUGGUUGGAUCACUAUAUUGAGCAAAAGAACCCAGGCACAAAAGAGAACUUAACUGUAUGAUUCUGUUUGUGUGAAGUUUAAGAACAGGCAAAACUAAUCUAUGGAAAUGAGAAUAAUGGUUAUCUCUCAGUGGGGCUGUUAACUGGAGGAAGGGCACACAGAAGCUUUCGGUAGUGUGGGAAAUGUUCUAUAUACUGAUCUGGGUUAUGGUUACAUGAGUGUAUAGAUUUGUCAAAACUCAACCAAACUGUACAUGUACGAUCUGUACAUUUUAUUCUAUGUGAAGUAAACCUAAGUUUUUUUUGUUUUUGUUUUUUUUAAAGAGAUGGGUAUUAUUAAGACCACAGCCAAAAGCCCUUUUAUAUUUGCUACUAAGUGGAAAAUACAAGAAAACCCAUUAAUGGUUAUUCCAUUUGUCUUAAGUUCAAACUCUUCAAGAAAGCACUCAAAUCAAAAUAAUCGUGUUUCUCAUCUUGUUCUGGCCCCCUGUGGAGGUAAUCUGAGAAAGCUCCUUGGAGUUCAUUAGAAGUGCUACAUUUUCAAGAAGUUUAUCAAAAUGCAGAAGAAAUAAGUAGUGGAAGAGGUGCUUUUCAAAAAGGUGGCUCAUCUCCCAGCCUCUCCCUUGCUGUACUAGCCCACUCAGGGUGCCACAACAAAAUACCACAGACUGGGUGGCUCAAGCAGCAGAAAUCUAUUUUCUCACAGUUCCAGAGGCUGGGAGUUCGAGAUCAGGGUGCUGGCAUGGUCAGGUUCUGAUGAGAGUUUCUUCCUGGCUUGGAGAUGGCCUCACCUUCUUGCUGCGCUCUCACAUGGCAGAUUGGGAGACUUGCUGUAAAUCUGUGACUCCCGGAACGGAAGCCAGCCGGCUGUUCUCCAGACCUGGCCGAGUCCCACCACAGCCCUCCAUCCUUCCUUUCUUUUCCUGGGGGCACGGCCUGUGCUCAGCAAUGGUCGACCUGGGGGGCCUGGACAACCUGAUCGCCAACACGGCCUACCUGCAGGCCCGGAAGACCCUGGAUGGCGACAGCAGGGAGCUGCAGCGGCGGCGCCAGACCCUGGUGCUGCCCGGGCUGCAGAGUUGUGCCGAGCUCCGCCAGGCCCUGCCCCUCGACUUCAGCAGCCUGUGCCAGCAGCAGCCCAUCGGCCGCCGCCUCUUCCGAGACUUCCUGGGCACGGUGCCCCCGUACCAAGAGGCAGCGGCCUUCCUUGAGGAGCUGCAGAGCUGGGAGCUGGCUGAGGAGGGGCCUGCCAGGGGCAGCACGCUGCAGGGGCUUGUGGCCACUUGCGCGGCUGCCUCCGCCCCAGGGCACCCGCACCCCUUCCUCAGCCCAGUUCUGGCCACCAAGAGCCAAGCAGCCACCACCAAGGAGGAGCAAGUGGCCCUGGUGGCACUGGCCAAGGAUGAGGCCAUGGCUUUCCUGCAGGACCAGCCCUUCCAGGAGUUCCUGGCCAGCCCCUUCUACCACAGGUUUCUGCAAUGGAAAGCCUUCGAGAUGCAGCCUGUGUCCGAUAAGUACUUCACUGAGUUCCGAGUGCUGGGCAAAGGGAGUUUUGGGGAGGUAUGUGCUGUCCAGGUGAAAAACACUGGUAAGAUGUAUGCCUGUAAGAAACUGGACAAGAAGCGACUGAAGAAAAGAAAUGGUGAGAAAAUGGCUCUCUUGGAAAAGGAGAUUUUGCAGAGGGUCAGCAGCCCUUUCAUCGUGUCUCUGGCCUAUGCCUUUGAGAGCAAGUCCCAUCUCUGCCUGGUCAUGAGCCUGAUGAAUGGGGGAGACCUAAAGUUCCACAUCUACAAUGUGGGCACGAGGGGCUUGGCCACGAGCAGGGUGGUCUUCUACUCGGCCCAGAUGGCCUGUGCUGUGCUGCACCUCCACUCCCUCGGCAUCGUCUACCGGGACAUGAAGCCUGAGAACGUGCUGCUGGAUGACCUUGGCAACUGCAGGCUGUCUGACCUGGGGCUGGCGGUGCACAUCCAGGAUGGCAUGCCCAUCACUCAGAGGGCUGGAACCAAGGGUUAUAUGGCUCCUGAAAUCCUAAUGGAUAAAGUGAGUUAUUCCUAUCCUGCGGACUGGUUUGCAAUGGGAUGCACUAUUUAUGAAAUGGUUGCUGGAUGAACACCAUUCAAAGAAUAUGAGGAAAAAGUCAGUAAAGAGGACUUAAAGCAAAGAACCUUGAAGGAGGAGGUCAGAUUCCAACACCGUAACUUCACAGAGGAAGCAAAAGAUAUUUGCAGACUCUUCUUGGCUAAGAAACCAGAGCAACGCUUAGGAAGCAGAGAAAAGUCUGAUGAUCCCAGGAAACACCCAUUCUUCAAAACCAUCAAUUUUCCUCGCCUGGAAGCCGGAUUAGUUGAACCCCCAUUUGUGCCAGACCCAUUGGUGGUUUAUGCCAAAGACGUCGCUGAAAUCGAAGAUUUCUCUGAGGUUCGGGGAGUUGAAUUUGAUGAUAAAGAUAAGACGUUCUUCCAAAGAUUUGCAACAGGUGCUGUCCCCAUAGCAUGGCAGGAAGAGAUUAUAGAAACGGGACUGUUUGAAGAACUGAAUGACCCCAACAGGUCCACAGGUUGUGGGGAGGGUAAUUCAUUCAAGUCUGGCGUGUGUUUGUUAUUAUAAGUUGUUUUCCCUAACAGCCAGCCAGCAGAAGUCUCUGCUGACAUAAUCCUUGAAUGUUUCUAACAAAAAAAAUCUGUUGAAUGGUGACUGAUCAAGCAGGAGGGGCAUUUCAACCAUACAACAGUUCAAUGAAUAGACGAGCUCACCCCUAGGACACACUUUCUCUCUUCCCUCCCUCCCUUCCUCCCUUCCUCCCUUCCUCCCUUCCUCCCUUCCUUCCUCUUUCUCUCUUUCUUUCUUUUUUCAUAAAGACAGUCAAGUCUCAGUUUUCACUGAGGGCUGGGAAAAGGAACACUCAGGUUUAUUUUGAUGACCUAAGAGCAUGGGGCCGUCCACCAUCAUAUCCCUGAAAAUUACACAAAGUCCUAGGAACAGAGAAUGGAACUUUGUGGUGUACUUGGAAAGUGAGCAUUUGCCAUUCUUAGUAAAUAAUCAUUUUAGUUUUCCUUUGUUUAUAUCCUUUCUUCCCUUCAUCUUUCAGCAUUUCUUCUGCUUCUGUAUUUAUAAAAAGAAUUUUGAAACUGGAAAUAAAUGUUCCUGAUACUCCUCCCCUAAAAAGGAGUGGAUUGUAAUAUUUUGGUAAUAUGUCAAUUCACAGGAUAAUUU